CGAAACGAAAGUAUCAAAAGGAAACGUUUCGGUGUAGGCAAACGAAAAAGAAACUUAAUCAAAAAGCCAACCUUCUUCGUCUUCGACAAAGGGCAAUUUCUAACCAUCCAAACAACCUAAACCUUUGCUUCCUUUGCAUCCAUACCCUGCAAUAAUUCUUUAAUCCCUAAAUCCUCCUCCGUUAAACCUCCCCCACCGAUUGAUUUUUCCGAUCAUAUUUCUACCGGUUUAUUUUCCGUCUCUGCCGACUUCCUCUUCCAGUUUCGUUUCUGAUCAUUUCUUUUGUUAGCUCGCCGAUCUUUCUGAUUUCGAACUCGCUGUUUUAGAUUUCGGGUUUUUUUGGCUCGGAUUUCUUUCAAUCGGAGCUGAGGAUUUUGGAUUUGGGAAAAUUUAAAAAAAACAAAAAAAUGAGUAAUCAGAAGAAGAGGAAUUUCCAGAUAGAGGCUUUCAAGCAUAGGGUUGUGGUGGAUCCGAAAUACGCCGACAAGACCUGGAAGAUUCUGGAGCAUGCAAUCCAUGAGAUUUACAAUCACAAUGCUAGUGGGCUUAGCUUCGAAGAGCUUUACAGAAAUGCAUACAAUAUGGUACUUCACAAAUUCGGUGAGAAGCUGUAUAUGGGACUGGUUAAUACUAUGACUUCUCAUCUAAAAGAGAUAUCAAAAACCAUUGAAGCUGCUCAAGGAGGUUUUUUUCUUGAAGAACUGAAUAGGAAAUGGAAUGAUCAUAAUAAGGCUUUGCAAAUGAUCAGAGACAUCCUGAUGUACAUGGACAGGACUUAUAUUCCUAGUACACAGAAAACCCCCGUUCAUGAGCUUGGACUGAACCUUUGGAGGGAUAACAUUGUCCACUUCAAUAAGAUUCAGACAAGGCUUCUCAAUACUCUUCUUGAGCUAAUACAUAGGGAACGGACUGGUGAAGUUAUUAACAGAGGGUUGAUGAGAAAUAUAAUUAAGAUGCUGAUGGAUUUAGGUCCUUCUGUCUAUCAAGAAGACUUUGAGAAACCCUUUCUUGAGGUUUCAGCUGAGUUUUAUAAGGGUGAGUCUCAAAAGUUUAUCGAAUGUUGUGAUUGUGGGGAUUACCUGAAGAAGGCUGAAAGACGUUUAAAUGAGGAACUGGAAAGGGUGACACACUACUUGGAUGUAAAGAGUGAAGCCAAGAUAACAAAUGUGGUGGAGAAAGAGAUGAUUGCGAAUCACAUGCUGAGAUUAGUACACAUGGAAAAUUCAGGUCUUGUAAAUAUGCUUCUUGAUGAUAAGUAUGAGGACCUUGGAAGAAUGUACAACUUGUUCCGGCGGGUUCCUGAUGGUCUUCCGACAAUACGUGAAGUGAUGACUUCUCAUAUCAGGGAAACUGGUAAACAGCUUGUUACUGAUCCAGAGAAAUUGAAGGAUCCAGUGGAAUUUGUCCAACGACUCUUGGAUGAGAAAGAUAAGUAUGAUCGCAUCAUUAGUUCAUCAUUCACCAAUGACAAGACAUUCCAGAAUGCUUUAAAUUCUUCUUUUGAAUAUUUUAUCAAUUUGAAUCCUCGAUCCCCGGAGUUCAUUUCUUUGUUUGUUGAUGAGAAACUCCGCAAAGGUUUGAAAGGUGUUAGUGAAGAGGAUGUAGAAACUAUUCUUGACAAGGUGAUGAUGCUGUUCAGGUACUUGCAGGAAAAAGAUGUAUUUGAGAAAUAUUAUAAACAGCAUUUGGCGAAGAGGCUUUUGUCUGGAAAGACUGUUUCUGAUGAUGCAGAGAGAAGUUUGAUAGUUAAGCUCAAGACAGAAUGUGGAUACCAAUUUACUUCAAAGUUGGAGGGCAUGUUUACAGACAUGAAAACAUCCCAAGAUACAGUGCAAGGGUUUUAUGCCAGCCACCCUGAGCUAGGCAGUGGCCCAACAUUGACUGUCCAGGUUCUGACAACAGGAUCUUGGCCAACUCAGCCUAGUAUUACAUGCAACCUUCCAGCAGAAAUGUCAGCACUUUGUGAGAAGUUCAGAUCAUAUUAUCUGGGGACCCAUACUGGUCGGAGAUUAUCCUGGCAAACCAACAUGGGAACAGCAGAUAUAAAGGCUCUCUUUGGGAAGGGCCAGAAGCACGAGUUAAAUGUGUCAACAUAUCAAAUGUGUGUCCUGAUGCUUUUCAAUAAUGCUGAUCGGCUUAACUACAAGGAAAUUGAGCAGGCUACAGAAAUUCCUGCUUCAGAUUUGAAAAGGUGUCUGCAAUCUUUGGCUUGUGUGAAGGGAAAAAAUGUUCUUCGAAAAGAGCCUAUGAGUAAAGAUAUUGGUGAAGAUGAUGCAUUUUUUGUUAAUGACAAGUUCACAAGCAAAUUCUAUAAGGUGAAAAUAGGAACUGUAGUUGCGCAAAAGGAAUCAGAACCGGAAAAACAGGAGACCCGUCAAAGAGUGGAGGAGGACAGGAAGCCCCAGAUAGAAGCUGCAAUAGUGAGGAUCAUGAAAUCAAGGAAGACUCUGGAUCAUAACAAUAUAAUAGCUGAGGUCACAAAGCAGUUGCAAUCGCGGUUCUUAGCCAAUCCAACAGAGAUUAAAAAACGCAUCGAGUCCUUGAUUGAGCGGGACUUUUUGGAGAGGGAUAUGACAGACAGAAAAUUGUAUCGGUAUCUUGCCUAAAAAGAAAUAGCCUUGCGUGUAGGCACUGAUAAGUGAUAUUGUACCUUUUUUAGGCAAAUCGAAUAUUGGUCUGAUUUCUGCCAAAAUGCCCUUGGUUUUUAUUGAAUAUCUAUUUGUCGUUGCUUUCCCCAUUGGCUACGUGACUUGGCCUGAUCUGAAUUGAAUAUCAGCUUUGCGUACCUUCUGACACAGAAUGUUCACAGUUGAAAGAAUGUAAUUGAGACUUAGAAGGCACAAAUGGAUGAAUGAGGAAAGCUUACCCCUCGUUUGGUAACAA